GCCCCCCUUAGCUGUGUAAACAAGUAACCGAAGCAGCAAGUCAUCGUGACUACGUUUUAUUUCCAUUGCAUCUCUCGCGCCACUAUUCUAUUGGUCACUUCUCAAGAAGGUGCAGUCAUAUAAAUAGUAUAAGGCAAGCCCCCCCGCCUGCUCUUGGUUGCCACGUUUCGUCACGUCGGACGCUUUUUCCUCCCGACAAAAGACGGCACACAUGGAUCCUCACAACACUAACGCGGAGGCGAAGGGGAGUCUACUGAGCCACGCGAAGACGCUCAGGCUCCACACGGGAAAUUUAGUCAACAGAGCCCGCUUGACGAAGAAAUGUCCAUGUUCCCCCAGCGAGGAGCUUCAAGAAUGCAUUCAGGCUACACUGAGCAGCUGGUUCUCCACAAUAGAAGGACCUACUGAGGAUUUACCCGACACAUUGGACUGUAACAUCCCCCAGGCCACAGAUGCGAUCAUACCUGAGGAGAGGGAGGAGCUUAAGGUGUCAGCCAAGCUGUUCCUCUUCGAGUCGGAUCAGUCGUCCAUCAGAGAUGCAGUGGAGAUGGCCUGUCAGACGUUGGCUGUGUCCCAGCUGGACUCUGUUAUCAUCGCGCCGCGAAGGCUCCUUAGCGGCGACGUCCAAACGCUGGCUCCCCUUCAGCCGGCGUGGGAGGAGCUGGAGGCGCUCGUACGUAGCCAGAGGAUCGCCGCUAUCGGAACUUCCGACCUGGACAAGGACCUCCUGGAGCAGCUUUACAUCUGGGCUCAGGUCAAGCCCAGCAGCAACCAAGUGAACCUGGCCUCCUGCUGCGUGAUGCCCCCCGAGCUAACGGCCUUCGCCAAAGAGUUUGACAUCCAGCUUCUCACACACAACGAUCCUGCGGAGUUGAUAUCAGCGGCCAACUUCCGGGAGGCGAUGCAGGAGGGAACGCAGCACGCGAGCGCGGCCGACUGGAGGCUAGAGUGGCUCCUUCGCUACUCCGUCAUCGUCAAGAGUCGCGGCAUCAUCAAGGCCAUGGGCUACCUGUUCAGCGCCAGGAAGGCGGAACUCUAGCGGAGGCAAGCGAGGGAUGAAGCCAUUUGUCAUCUUUUCCAUUCACGACCAGAUGCAAAGUAACAGUUCUGCAAACAUGGAACGCUGCCCAUCAUACAUUUACUGUCUCAUACUCUCUUGAGAUUUGGAUGAGGUCUGCAUUUUUUAGCUGAAUCAUUUGGGUCUAAAAAAAGAAGCACUCGUUACGAAGAUUUAGUGAUUUUGGGCUUUGUGAGUUUUACUGUUCAGCUACUUGCCAGAGAAGCUCAGUUUUGCACAAUAAGUUUACCAAAACACAAGUUUACCAAAAAAGACCCAAUAUCUCUAACUUGUUGUGAGGAGUGUACAAAAGUGGGCCUUUUCCCAGCAAUAUGCAUUGUGCACAUAACAAUGUGGCUGGACACAAAGUCAAUUUCUUCACAUGCCAAGACACACAAAGUGAUCGAAAUAACGUUCCCACUAUCCCACGGUGACAAGACAUAGUACACAAUAUACUACAUGCAAGUAAACAACACAAAAACCCCCAAAAAACAAAGCAUACCUCUCAGACUUUUAACGCAUCAUCGGAUUUGAUAAUAGAUGAGGUGGGCAGAUAUCAAAAUUCAUCCUGUACAGUGAAUAUUUCUGUGACGUAAAAGGUAGUUUGAGUGACUAAUUGUCACCUUGUAACUUGUGGCUUUACUGUUGGGUUAUGUAGUGAUUUCCUCAACCGUCUUCAAAUGUGAAGUGCCUCAUUGCAUCUGAUCUCAUGUUCAUACAUGUUUUUAUCAACGUUUCGUAAUGUCACCAAAUGUCUGUACAAAAAACCUGUUGAUUUUUGUUCUUCUGAUAAUUUGUAUUAUUAGAGGAAUGGAUUAUGAAGGUUAGAUUUAAUUGUAAGAUUUUCUGUAAAGACUAAUUUGCAUUCCUCAUUUAAGAAAAAUGCACUAACUCUGAUACAAUUUUACCAUUGGAAGCUCAGCUAGAUAUUUUUUACUCCAACAUUUAUUGAUUUGUUGCCAGGGAUAACAUUCACCUCAUUUGUUAAGAGAUUAAAUUUGUAUUUUGAGAUUAGGUUGCAAUUGAUGUCAUCUGUUUUUCCCCUUUAAUAUCUUUAAAGGUAGGGAAAUAUAUUUUCUAAGGCAUUUUUAUUUAUGAGUUAAAACUUGCUUGAUCCAGUAAAUCACUUGAAAAUAUCACUGCUGUACUGGAAACAUCCAUAUACUGUCAUUUGUUUGUCAAAAAUGGUCUUUAUUAAACUGUAUAAAACAUU